GCUGAGCUGUGGGCCAGCCAGCGAGAGGGCAGAGCUGGGGUCCUGGGAGAGGGUGUCCAUGCAGAAUGGGAGGCCAUGGAAACAAGGCAGGAUUUCCAUUCAGACUGACAAGGGGUUGAGUCCUCCUCCUGCCACCCUCUGGCUGUGGGAUUUCUUUUAAGCAUUGGUUCUCCUUAGCUAUACAAUGGGAGUGGUGAUCAGGACAUUCUCGCAGGUAAGAGUUUAAGGUGGUGGUUCUCAGCUGGGUGGAUUGUGCCCUCCAGAGCAUGUCUGGUAAUGAAAGGAGGCAUUACUGGUUAUCACAAGGAGGAGAGAAGAUGCUCCAGGAAGUGAGUAGAGGCCAGGGAUGCUGCUCAGCAUCCUGCAGUGCACAGGACAGCUCCCACCCCGACCCCACCACAAAGAGUGACCCGACCCCAAAAGGCAAUAGUGUCAAGGUUGAAAAGUCUAGAUUGGGGAGAUGUGGUACAUCAAAGUGCUGAGCGCGCAGUAGGUCUGCAAGAUCCUCAAAGAUGUGAUGGGAGGGGGAGCCACACCAUCCCCACCUCUGCCUUCCUCCUUCUGUCCCAGCUGGUGGCAACUACAUCCCAACUCAGGGGGUCCAAACCGACUGCUUUCUGUGACCUUCAGCAGGAAGUAGCCCCUUGGCUUGAACUGUCCAGAGUAGGCAGGAUCCUGGGAAUAAAAGUCAAAAAUAACAGAUACUGUGCGCAGUGCUUUGCUUGCAUGACCUCCCAAAAUGGCCCAAGUAGAGAGAAGGUUCUCCAUUUAUGGUGAGGAGACAGUAGCUCUGAGACCUUCAGGAACUCGUCCAAGGUCACACACAUCUGCCUGACUCAGUCCAGCUGUCAUCCACAGCAUCUCACCACCAUCUCCCUCUAGGGGGUACAGGGUAACUGUGUUUUUGUUUGUUUGUUUUUUGAGACGGAGUCUUGCUCUGUUGCCCAGGCUGGAGUGCAGUGGUGCGAUCUCAGCUCACUGCAAGCUCUGCCUCCUGGGUUCACACCAUUCUCCUGCCUCAGCCUCCCAUGUAGCUGGGACUACAGGCACCCGCCACCACACCUGGCUAAUUUUUUGUGUUUUUAGUAGAGACAGGGUUUCACCGCGUUAGCCAGGAUGGUCUCGAGCUCCUGACUUCGUGAUCCGCCUGCCUCAGCCUCCCAGAGUGUUGGGAUUACAGGCGUGAGCCACCGCGCCCGGCCUGUAACUGGGUUUUAUGCUGACUUGAGGAUUUUAGCCAAAAACAAAUAACAACAACAACAAAAGAAAACCUUGUUAACUCACUCCUUUGCUCCAGUAUAAUUUUAUUCAUAAAAUAAUCACUUAUUAGAUAUUGAUUACAGGCAGAAUUAUACUUUGUUAGACACUUAAAAAAUUCCUGGAAGCUGGGUGCAGUGGCACGUGCCUGUAGUUCCGGUUACUCAGGACACUGAGGAGAAAGGAUUGCUUGAGCCCAGGAGUUCGAGUCCAGCCUGGGCAAUGUAGCAACAACCUAUCUCUAAAAAAUAAAAUAAAAUAAAAUACCUGGAUCUACCUUUUUUCUUUGGUCAUAAAUAAGUUGACUGUGAUGGUCACUUUUCUUUCUAUUGAGGCUAAGAUCCCAGGUCCUGGAGCAGGCCAGCCCCUUCUCUCUGCUGUGUGAUUCUAAGUAAAUGAGUUCACCUCUCUGAAUUCAGUUUCUCCAUGUAUAAAGUGGAAUCAGAAUUCCUCCCCUAAGGAUGGCUGGAUGAGAAUUCCAUACAAUGCUUGUGAAGCUGGCACAAUGCCUUGCGUGUAGUAGGUGUUCAAGAAAUGGUAGCUGUUAUUCGUGCAUGUCUUCUACAUGAAGAAAGUCAGUCUGUGAGUUCUGUGACGGCAUCCUAUGGAAACGGUUGGGUGGAUUUGUGCCCAAGUUGGAGAGUAUGGUUAGCGUGAUCUGACUUAAAACUUAGGCCACAUGGCACGUGGAAACUGGAGAGUGUCUGGGGUCCCUCACUUUAAGAACUAGAAUUUUUCCAAAGGUUGCAUGUGACUCAAUAGGAAAUGGUGACCCCCAAGAAACCAAAGAAAGGGAGUUGGUGGUUGUGGGGAGACACGGGAGAGCUGCACACCGUGCCCCUUGCCCGGCGCUGCUGGGCUUCCCACAAAGCCAGUGAGGUUCAUCUGCCCCCAGGAAGUCAUCAGAGACGGUGGCUGAGGAGACAGGCACUGGGGGCCUCCGUGGACCCGCUAUUGGAGUGAAGUGGCCUGGAUGGAAUUGGGUGGACAGGGUGCUGCCUCAGCAGGCUGGGAUGCGCUGGGCUGUCAGAAAGUGCUCAUAAAUAGCAUGCCCCUUGCGAAGACAGGCGAGUCUGCAGACGGCCGUGGCUCCUCUGUUCUUCCCGAGGCUACAGCAACAGGUUCAUUCUGGGAUGGGUUGGGGAUGGGGAGGCAAAAGCCACCCUGGCAGGCCCGGACCUUUUGUGGUCUCUGUGGGACGUGCAUGGCUGACCGCCUGCAAAGAAAAACAGGGCCUCCCUUAAGGGUCAGGUCCCAGUGAGAGGACCCUGACAGCCCAGCUGGGGGUGGAACGAGGGACCCUUGUCUGCAGUGGCCAGGGUCCAAGCCCCUGGACAUGUGCUUAGGGCAGGGGACCUUCCAAAACAGCCCCUCUGAGGGAGGGGAGUGGGCACACAUGGUACCUGCCAAGUCCACCGAAGAGUCCCCUGUGAGCUGGACCAAGCCCUGUUUCCUGCUGAGGCUAGGACAGACGGAACCGACAGCCCGCAGGCUGUGCAUGUUAGGCCCACGUCCAGAGUAUGUGGGCUGUGCAGCUGUGCAUGCUGGGGUGGCCGUGCUGGGAGCCGUGGGUGGGUAACAGUUGGAUGUGGGGUGUAGAUGUAGGUGCCUUGUGUACCACUGUGGAUGUCUGAAAUGGGCAGGGAUGUGUGUGUGUGAGGAGAGAGAGAGAGAGAGAGAGAAGCUGUCCUGUGAGCCCAUGGGUGAAAUAUAACUGAUAGUGACCAUAGAAACUUUUGCGAGUGUGUGUACCUAUGUGUGUGUGCUGACAAACAGAACAGUCCUGUGUGUGUCCAUGGGUGCAACAAUGAUGAGAAUUCUUCCAUGUGACUGCGGCAGGGGCCUGUAUUGCGUGUCACUGUCCCUGUAGCAAUGAAGAACUGUCGGUGUCUGGGUCUUGAAGUGGCUGGUACACAGUCGUGUUCAAUAAAUGCUUAAGGAAUGAGUAACCGAACGCAGGGAAACUGACCUGGAGCAGGUGUCCAACGACCUGGUCUUACAAGCCUUUUCUCUAGAGGUCUGUCUGUCCACCUCCCGACAUAUGGGGUCUCCUGUCCCUCCUGGUCACCCAGCCCAGAGCCUGGCACUGUGUAGGUGCUCAUGGAAUCUUUGCUGAAUAAAGUAACCAGUGAACAAAAGAGUUCCUGGAGUACGGAGGUGGGAGAGACCCCUGUAGAGGAAACUCCCUGAAGCCCACCCUUUAGCCAGGUUCUGGGGGUGGGACAUCUGCAGAGAGCUCUGAGAAACCUGGGUUUCGGGGAGCAUCUGGAUCAGGGGAAAAGGGCACGGGCUUUGGAGCCAGGCCCGACCCAGGCCACUUCCUCACUGUGUGCUUGAGGAAGUGGCCUCAUUUUGCUGAGCCUCAGAGUUCCCCUCUGUACAAUGGGGCUCCUGAUCCCACUGUCUCAGUCCACGUGGCCCAUGGCAGGUGCUCAAUGGAUGUUUGCUGAAUGACUGAAUGACUGAAUGUCGAUCAUAAGUUAUGGCCACGCCCCAUGGGCAGCAAGGCUCUGUAGCUCAUCCUGGACUCCAGUCACAUCAACACCUGGCUUCUCCCGGGUGGAUCCAGUGAACCAUUUUCCUUUGGUUUGAAGCCAGAGGUGUUCCUGGGGAGAUGGCGGAACAGCACGGAACACCCGAACAGGCUGCAGCUGGCAAGAGCCAUGGAGGCCUUGGGGGCAGCUACAAGGUGAUCGUGUACGAACUAGAGAACUUCCAAGGCAAACGCUGCGAGCUCUCGGCCGAGUGCCCCAGCCUGACCGACAGCCUGCUGGAGAAGGUGGGCUCCAUCCAAGUAGAGUCCGGGCCGUGGCUGGCAUUUGAGUCCAGGGCCUUCCGCGGGGAGCAGUUUGUUCUGGAGAAGGGGGAUUAUCCUCGCUGGGAUGCCUGGUCCAACAGCCGUAAUAGUGACAGCCUUCUGUCCCUCCGGCCUCUGAAUAUUGAUAGUCCAGAUCACAAGCUGCAUCUGUUUGAGAACCCAGCUUUCAGUGGCCGCAAGAUGGAGAUAGUGGAUGAUGACGUGCCCAGCCUGUGGGCUCAUGGCUUCCAGGACCGUGUGGCGAGUGUCCGUGCCAUCAACGGGACGUGGGUUGGCUAUGAGUUCCCCGGCUACCGUGGGCGCCAGUACGUGUUUGAGCGGGGCGAGUACCGCCACUGGAAUGAGUGGGACGCCAGCCAGCCCCAGCUGCAGUCUGUGCGCCGCAUCCGCGACCAGAAGUGGCACAAGCGGGGCCGCUUCCCCAGCAGCUGAAAGGCACCCAGACUUCAAGGACCCAGACCCAUCCUGGGGGGCUGCAUGGGCAAGAAGAGGAGGCUCCAGGGUUGGGGCGAGGGCCGACCUGUCCACCCUUCCCUGGAAUCUGCUCAAUAAAGCCUGGGGUUGGUCCCCCACCCGCCACGUUCCUCGGCAUCACUUCCUGAGGGAGCCAGGCCUGGGGCAGGACCUGUGGGAGAGGCGUGCUGAAGGAGGCUGGGGCUUGAGUGUUCUGAGACUCCCAGGAAGGGGCUGGGAAAUUUGCCCAUAUCCUAGGCUCUAAUCCUUUCAGGCAGAGCCAUGUGCCUCUACUGCCCUGAUCUUGUGUUUGUCUGCUGCUGCAUGUUUCCAUCUGAAUGUCUGUCAGUCUACCCAUCCACUCACCCAU